UGGCGAUAUAAGCGUUAAUUUUAAAAACACGUGCAUCAAAACAUCAACAUAACAUGGUCCGAUUCAAGAAUAGGUAUAUUGUAUGUAAGCUGGAGUUUGGUUGCCGUGUUACCUUGCCUGAUCUCACACAGGAUGCUGUGUAUCGAGCCAUAGCAACGGAGCUGCAGGUUCUACAUGGAGACUAUGGUACAGCCUGCGCAAGGAAAUAUCCAAAUCUAACAGUUCAGUACCUGAAUCCAAGCACAAACUUGGUGAUGGUACGUUGUUCAAGAGAUCAGUGUAAACAGAUACAGUCCUGCCUGCCAUUUGUCAAGAAGAUUGGGGAAGUAGAUGUAUUCCUCCAUACUCUACACCUGGCAGGUACUAUACGAUCGUGUAUGAAGUUUAUUGUGAGGUACCACAAGUCUCAGCUGCCCUUACUGAUGAGUGAAUGCAGAAAUCCAGUUGAGCGAAAGAAAGUGCAAGAGAUGUUAACAGACAGUUGUGCAGACAGUGGUAGAACUCUCGGACUCUUGGAAAGAUCAACUACAUCCCAGUGAAUCAUGUACAGGAGUUAGUAAUGGAAGCCGUAGGAUUAAAGACUUAUUGUCAGCCGGCUAUCAGGUGUGCACAUGGGGCCUGGUCAAUAUCUUGUAUGAUAUGGAUACCAACGCAAGACCUGAUCAUGUAUGCUUUUACUUUUAAGAGAGAGUCUAUCUAUUGUACUUGUUAUGGACAAGGCAUUUGUUCCUACUAUCUUUAGCCAAUGUCUGGAAGGAUUACCAGACAGAUGUCAGAAGAUGUAUUCUGUUUGCUGCGUUUUUAUGUAAAAAGGAAACCAACAGAACCAGCUGAAGUCAAAUGUUUUAUACAAACUUUCACAAGCUAGUAUUACAAGAGGCAGUUUUGUGAAUAUGUGUAGCUUGUCCUCAUCAUGAUGUUUUUGUGAAUUAAACGUUUGAUAACA